ACCAAUAUUCACCAGCCACACCUCCUUCUGCAGAAAUGGAUGCUCUUCUCUCUCCCAGAGCAAUCUCUUCUCUCUUUAUAGCCUCUCUUCACUUUAUUGGAGCCAUUCUGAUUACGUGGCUGCUUGGCAAAUGGCGCUCCCUUCCAUUCCACGAGUGGUUGAUAGUUCUCUGGCUGGUUUAUGAUGCUAUAGUCCACUUUACAUUAGAAGGACCUUUUGUCUUUUUUUCACUGAACAGCACAGUUUUAGAGUCGAGUGGCAUUCUUGCUGAUGUCUGGAAGGAAUAUUCAGUUGCUGAUUAUCGAUGGGGUGUAUCUGAUCCAACAAUAGUAUCACUUGAGAUCCUAACUGUCUUUGUUGAUGGUUCCCUUUGCAUUCUACUCAUCUAUGCCAUUUUAAAGAACAAAUACUACAGGCAUUUUGUUCAGAUUGUUCUCUGUGUCUGUGAGCUUUAUGGAGGAUGGAUGACUUUUGCUCCAGAGUGGUUAACAGGGUCUCCAAACUUAUCUACAGACAAUGUCAUCCACAU